AUGACCUACAUCUCAAAUGAUCCCAGUUGGUGGCCGAUAAUCAAUCUCAAUAUUUUUUUCAGCUAUUUGGGAGUUGCUGCGGGCGUCGUGGUCGUAUACGAUUGGGUCUUAACACUCGGACAAGAGAUUGAACUCAUCUGGGGCGUUCACCAAUUGGGAGUUUUAGGCAAUAUCACGUUCUACGUAAUAAAUGGUACAGCUGUGGCCUUGACUGUCAUGUUGGGCGUCAUCAUGAUUGCUCGGUUGCAUGCCAUGUAUCAGGGAUCUAGAAAGAUGCUUAUGUUCCUUCUUAUUAUCUUCCUGGCUGUAAACAUCGCCUGCGCAGUAAUCACGGCAAUAGGACUCAACGAUACUGUAACAGAUGAGAUUAUACUCUCUGGCAUGCAUAUGUGCGGUUAUGUAUAUGGAGGGGAUGGCCGGCUUCUGCAUUCAAUGGUUUGGAUGCUCAGCACUGUUUGGGAGGUCCUCGCACUGUGCCUUUCAGGCUGGGUUGCUUUGAAACACUUCCGUGAACUGCGACGACUCGGCCCAUCGACAGGAUCGACCAUCGGGGACUGUUUCAGAGUGCUCAUACAAUCUCACGUUCUUUAUUUUGCAAGCUUUCUUGGUGUCUCUUGCCUCCAGCUUGCUGAUCUCUCUCCAGAAAUCUCGAAUUCAAGUUCUAUAGGAACUCUGAUAAUCGAAGGUGCUCUUCAAAUUUUAUCGUACGUGCAGAUGUUUGUGCUAGGACCACGCCUCAUCCUCAGCGUUCGAGAAUACCACGCCAAACUCGUGGCAUGCUCUGACGCAGAAACUAGCAUGAAUUCGAUUGUUUUCCAGGAGCAUGUACAUGUAUCAACUAGCAGUACUGUGUAG